GAUUACCAUCGAUCUAGAACGGAAAAAAGUAGCAGUUCCCUCCAUUGCAGGGAGCGGGAUUGAAGUGAAGAGGACUUCCCCGUAACCUAGGGUUUCCAGUUUCGAAGCCGAAGGAAAGCUGGUGAUUGAUAGGCGAAACAGCGAAUAUUCAUGGAGAGCGCCUUUGCGAGCGCCUCUGCCAUCUCAGACCAGAGGCAGAAGAUCGAACAGUACAAGCACAUUCUGUAUAAUGUUUUGUCAUCAAAUGAUACAAUUCAAGCCAAGAAGUUUAUUGAUCACACAUUAUCCGAUGAAGUUCCGCUUGUAGUAUCGCGGCAGCUUUUGCAGACUCUUGCGCAAGAGUUGGGGAAAUUGGAGGGGGACACUCAGAAAGAGAUUGCCCAUUAUAUCCUCGCUCAGAUUCAGCCGCGCGUCGUCUCUUUCGAGGAGCAGGUGUUGAUUAUACGGGAGAAGCUUGCUGAAUUGUAUGAAUCUGAGCAGCAAUGGUCAAAAGCUGCUCAGAUGCUUAGUGGCAUUGAUCUAGAUUCUGGAAUGAGAGUGAUUGAUGAGUCAUACCGGUUGUCAAAAUGUGUUCAAAUUGCUCGGUUAUACCUCGAGGAUGAUGACGCUGUUAAUGCUGAGGCUUUUAUCAAUAAAGCUUCAUUCCUGGUUAGCAAUAGUCAGCAUGAAGUCCUCAAUUUGCAAUACAAGGUUUGUUAUGCAAGGAUCUUAGACUUAAAAAGGAAGUUCUUGGAAGCAGCACUGCGUUAUUAUGAUAUAUCUCAAAUUGAAAAGAGACAAAUAGGAGAUGAAGAGCUCGACGAAGAAGCACUAGAACAAGCUUUAUCUGCUGCAGUGACAUGUACAAUAUUGGCUGCUGCUGGUCCACAGAGAUCCCGGGUUCUUGCCACAUUAUACAAAGAUGAGCGUUGCUCAAAGUUGAAAAUCUAUCCAAUACUGCAAAAGGUUUACUUGGAGAGAAUUUUGAGAAAACCAGAAAUUGAUGCGUUUGCUGAAGAGCUAAAGCCUCACCAGAAAGCCCUUCUGCCAGAUAAUUUUACUGUGCUGGAUCGUGCUAUGAUUGAGCAUAAUCUUCUCAGUGCAAGCAAACUUUACACAAAUAUAAGCUUUGAGGAAUUAGGCACCUUGCUGGGUAUUCCUCCUCAUAAGGCUGAGAAGAUAGCAUCAAGAAUGAUCUAUGAGGACAGAAUGAGGGGAUCCAUUGACCAGGUCGAAGCUGUAAUCCAUUUUGAGGAUGAUAUUGAAGAGCUGCAGCAAUGGGAUCAACAGAUUGUCGGUCUCUGUCAAGCGCUCAACGACAUAUUGGAUAGCAUGGCAAAUAAAGGUGUCUCCCUUCCUGUCUGAAAUUUGUGCUGUAACGAGUUCCAAGCCAGUGAUUUUGUAAUAUCAGAAACUUUUAUCUUUUUACCACAUUUUGAGGCUAUUUUAGUUUUUUUUUUUUUUUUGAGAGGUUGGAAAUUAUUAUUCUUUUUAGCAGCGAGGGUCAUUGUUCUGUCAACGGUGGAAAAAAAAAAAGAAAAAAAGAAAAACGAAACUUAGGGAUAAAAAAAGAGGGGGAGAGAUGGAAAAUGUAGAGGAGUUGUGAUGAAGCUAAUGUAUCAAAAUGUUUUAACUUCCCCUCCCCCUGAGAAAAGGGAACAAGAGAAAGAUAAAAGGAAACACUUUUAAUGGGCCUCUUGAUGGGCCCCAAACAUAUUCUACCAGGCCCACUUUUGUGAA